AUGUGGCAAGGGGAUCAUUUUAUCAAAGAUUGUCCAUUGAUGAAGAACCAACAAAAGAAGGAUGAACCUCAAAAGACAAAUGCUAGGGUGUUUACGAUUACUCAGGCUGAUGCUGAUACCAACAACUCUGUGGUGUCAGGUGAUAUUUUUGUAUCUGGUAUUCUCACUCAUGCAUUAAUAGAUUCAGGUGCCACACAUUCCUUUGCUUCCUUGACAUAUGUAAAAAGGUUGGGUAGAUUGAGUGAGAAAAUGUCAGAAGUUUUUAGUACAAUGUUACCAUCUAGAGAGAUUUUGUAUUCUACUCAUUGGUUUGGGGGGGGGGGGGGGGUUUCUAUUUGCAUUGAUGGUAGGGAAUUAUAUGCUGAUAUAAUAAUGUUAGAGAUGCACGAUUAUGAGGUAAUUUUGGGUAUGGAUUGGCUUUCAAAGUAUAAUGUCACUAUUGAUUGUAGAAAGAAAACAGUGAUACUUAAGCCUUCAAAGGAAUAUGAGUUUAUGUUUAUUGGAACGACAUCAAAAAGUUGCAUUCCUUUAAUUUAUGUUAUGUAG